CUCUCCCCCAGCCACAAGUUCUUCCUCACUCACUCGAGCUAGCCAGCCUUCUUCUUCUUCUUCCUCCUCUGCUACAAGUGCAAUUGUAGCCCGAGUACUGCCAUUCCAAUAGUACCUCAGAAAGAGGUGGAUAGCCGAGCGUGGAGGAUGGAGCGGGCGAACACGGAGCUGUACCUGGAGAACCUGUGCAUCAUGCAGGAGAACGAGCGGCUCCGGAGGACAGCCAAGCUGCUGGCCCAGGAGAACGAGCAGCUCCAAGCCCACCUCAAGCUCAGGCAGCAGCACAUGGCGGCCUCCUCCAGGACGGCACCCCAGCUGGCGACGGGCGGCGGGCCGUCCGGCCAUAACGCGGACAGCCUCAAGUCCGGCAAGCAGCAGCAGCAGCCCCAGUGAUCUCGCCGGAAGCGCGCUCGUUCGUGCAUGCAUGCAGCCGUGGAAGCCGUACUCGUCUUUACGAAAGAACUUGCAGUAGCACUAGUAGUAGUACUCCUACUAGCUUUUCUACUAGUCCCUUAGUUAAUUAGUAUGUGUACUACUACUCGACAGAUCCUAGAUUAGAACCGGCACGCACGCACAAGCUGGUAUUAGUAAGUAGUGGAUGAUUUACUUUUGGUGAUUUAGCAAGAGGACGUGGUAGUGAUGGCAGCUAUGAAGUAGCACUUUUGGGGGUUA